AUUUAACCACAUUUCGUGUACGGCAGCCAGUGUGUUUGCGACCGCUACUUGGAUAAGGGGAUUUGCUCCUGUGAACCUGUGAAGUCGACUGUCGAUAAAACUUUGGUGAUCAUCCCACGAGCCUCGAACGACCAAAAUGCCGCUGAAAGCCGUGUGCGUUCUUAAUGGAGAAGUAAAGGGAACGAUUUUCUUCGAACAGAGCGCGGAAUCGGACCCGGUCAAAGUGACCGGCUCGGUCACCGGGCUGAAAGCGGGCGACCAUGGAUUCCACAUCCACGAGUUCGGAGACAACACCAACGGUUGCAUGUCCACGGGCGCUCACUUCAACCCGCACGGCAAAACACACGGUGCCCCGGAUGCGGACGAGCGCCAUGCCGGUGACAUGGGCAACAUCGUAGCGGACGCCAGCGGUGAAGCGAAGGUGGACUUGGUCGCGAGCCAGAUUGCGCUGAGUGGACCGAUGAACGUAGUGGGCCGCUCGCUGGUAGUUCAUGCCGAUCCGGACGAUCUCGGGCUGGGAGGGCACGAGCUGAGCAAAACCACUGGCAAUGCUGGAGCACGUUUGGCUUGCGGUGUGAUUGGACUGUGCAAGAUUUAACCGGCCAUGCUCUGCCAUUCGACGAUCAACGCUAUUCGCGCCCUGUGUUAGGCGGAAGGGAAAACGGCCAAUAGCAAACGGUAACAACCACCACCCCGUACACAUUUGUAUUUAUGGCCGCCAUCAGCGUGGAAGAGUUGAUGUAAAAUUAUUGUUAAUUCCGUUGCUAAGAAGGGAACAGGUCUACUACUGCUAUCACUACUACUACAGGUACAUUUUGUUGUUAAUAAAUGUCUGAAAACAAA